AUGGGCCUUUUGGAGGAUGUGCGGGCGCCGGUGACGCUGGGCAUUGUGGUCUUGAUCCCUCUUCUAUGGCUCCUCGGCGCACUGCUGACGCCAACCAACCAGCAUGGCGUCUUUGCGCUCUCGAUCGCGAGCGUCAUUCUAGAGCACAUUCGCCCAUGGGCCUACUUGACGGCGCCCUUUUACCACCAGUAUUUGUGGGAGGUCGUGUGCAUCGUGCCUCUCACGGUCCUCUUGGGCGUACGCGUCGAGAAGCACUUGGGGUCGCUUGCGAUGGCGCGCCUCGUGCUCUUUGUCGGCGUCGUCUCGACCGGCCUGCUCUUUUGCGAUAUGUUUGCGUUGUACAUUGUCUUCCGCAACCCGUUCUUCCUACGCACCGGAGUCUCUGGCUUUACGGGCGGCCUCGUCGCGCUCCUCGUCGCGCUCACGCAUGAGAACCCGAAUCAAACGUACGCUGUGUCUCUUGCAGUGGUGACGCACGUGUUGCCGUUAGCAUCACCCGCUCUUCGUGAGCUUUGUUUGCAUGACGUUGACGCUCGGUGCGGUCGUGACGAAGAGCGAGGUGCUCAUCGUUGGCGCGGGGCCGUACGCGGUCUCGGGCUUGUACUUUGGCUGGGUCUACCUCCGCUUCCUCCGCUUCCUCCACAAAAACCCAGUGGGCAACACAUCCGACGGCUUUGCGCUGACGGUGUUCUUCCCGUCCUUCCUCAAGUCGACUGUCGGCGCCAUUGCGACCUUUUGCUACAGCGUCUGCAAGCUCCUGGGUUUCUUCAAGAACCGUCAAGACGGUGCGGGCAGCCUCCCGGUUGUGGCGGUACGACCAUCCUGGCUCGUGCGAUGAAGGCUUUGGACGAGAAGCUCGCCAAGCUCGCCAACCCGGACGCCAAGAUUAACUUUGACGAGCAGAUGACCGUGUAA